AUGGUGAUUAUGGUUCAUUAGAUGGUAAAACUACAGGUGAUGUUGAUGUCAUUUACUUGUCCAAAGAUAAAAUUAAAUGUGGUUAUUUAUAUCCAAGUAUAGCAAACCAAGUGAAUGGUUAUUGGAAUGGUAAAAUUAUUGAGGGUAUAUCAGUUUUAGUCAAAGUAUCAAGAAAUGCAUCAGACACAUACUUUCUUCCACCACGUUCAAAUGGUUUCGAUUAUUUAGGAUCAGUACGAGUUCAAUGUUCUUUAAUUCAACAAAAAUCUCGGAAAACACUAUUAACCUAUGAUAGAUGGAUAAAUGUUAUACUUAAAGACAAUCCAGUUGCAUUGAAUGUAUACACUAAAAAGGAUACCUAUUUUUAUACUGGUUCAUCUACAAGAGGUAGUUGUUAUGUUCCUUCACUCGAUGAAUCCCUCACUGAUGAUACAUAUUGGAAAGUAGAUAUAAUCAAUGGGGAUAGCGAUAUAAUUGCUAUUGAUGAUGGUAAUAAUAAUUAUACCGAACCCCUAUUUAGACCACCAUUUGAUAAAACAGUCUAUGAAAAAGCUGGUCAUGUUGAAGUUCAAUGUACACUACUCAAUAAAACAAAUAAUACUCUGGUUUAUUCUGCUAUAAAAAAUAUUUAUAUUAUAG